AUGACUGAGUCAUCAGUUCCAGAAGCAAAGCCAUCAGCAUGGUUUUCAAAUUUCGGUUUAACUCCAAAUUUAACUAAUACAUUAACGAGCUUGAGUUCCAGUAUCGUCGAUGCUACAUCUAAAGUAGGUACUGCAGCAAGUACACUUCAAAAAACGAUCCAAGAACGUCUGUAUACAUCUAAUCAAAACGAACAACAAACUUCCGAAACAACUAAACCAACCAAAGAUUUAACCAGUAUUUUGACCGAUCUAAGCUCAAGUGUAUUAAAGAGUGCUCAACAAUUCAAACAGGUUUUCGAAGAAAAAACUAUCAUUGGUAAUUUUACAAAAGAACAAGAAAAGUUUCUAACAGAUAAACGUACGCAACAACGACGUACAGAAACAGGUGUUCUCCCGUGGAUUGGUUAUGAACAAGAAGAAGAAAUGAAAAAACAAAUUUUAGAUCUUUCAAAAGAAAAACGUAAUUUUCUUCGCGAUGCACCACCAGGAGCAGUUUAUCAUUUUGAUAUGACUACAUGCUAUCCAGUUGCAUUAGCUAUUCUUGAAGUUGAUGAAAAUUUAAAACAAAUGCGCUUUGAUCUUGUACCUAAACAAAUUAACGAAGAAUUAUUUUGGCGUAAUUAUUUUUAUCGUGUAAGUUUAAUAAAGCAAGCAACUCAAUUAACCGCUUUAGCCAGUGGCAAUACCAAUCAUCAGUCAACCGAUGAAAAUCGUCACCCAUCAAAUAAUCUUGAACGUCGAACAUCCGAAUUGAAUGAAAAAACUUCAGAUAUUAAUCAAGAAUUUGUCAGUGAAGAUUAUGAUACCUCAGCUUUAAGUAUGGACGAUAUUCGACGUGAAAUCGAACAGUUAACUAUUACGAAACGAAGCUCAAAUAAAACCAAAGACGGUAGUCCCGAUUUAGAUGAAAGUGAAUGGGACAAAGGAUUAGCCGAUGAACUUGAGAAUGUGUCCGCUGAAGAACUCGAAGCACAAAUCAAUCAAUUAUUAAGCGAUUCUAAAUGA